UUACACUCACUUCCUGUCCACUGACCACCUUCACCUGUCAGCGACCCACAGCGGAGUAAGAGUACGCGCCACACUUCGAACAAGACAGCUGGCAAAACGGCGAACAUGUCUGAAGCGAAGCAAGUAGUACAAGGACAUGACACUCUGGUUGAUAUAUUGGACUCUCUUGGCUAUGAAGAUAUUUCAGAGAGUGCUGAAGAGUAUGUCAGUAGGCUGAAUUCUGACCCACCUGAUCAGAGUGAAUGGUUUUCCUUACCUAAUGGGGAUAAGGUGCAAAUUACAAAGGACAGUGUCUCAUUUCUUUCACUGUUUGGAGAGGAUACCCCCAUUUAUCGGCUCCUGGUGCUGCAGAAAUCUCAAGUGAUCGCACUGUAUGUGCACAAGAGGUGGUGGUCUGUGGAUGAAGCCUUAAAAACAAACAACCCUACCAGGCAGGGACUGAUACAGGUACAACGUGCCGGACAAAGAGUAGUCUUGUUCAUCUUGAAUAUGAUUAUUUUUGGGUCUGUGGAGAGAGCGCCUUACCAGCACAUCUGCUUCAGUCCUCAUCCUGCAAAUGAGUAUGGCAAGAUUUCUUGGCAGGAUGGUGAAGCUGUUGGAUUUUACACCUUCAAACGAAAAGGCAGUCUGACUGACAGCUGUGUAAGUCGCUGUUAUCAGCUCCCCGUUCUUGACACCUUGUUUGUCCGAAAGAACUGGAGGAGAAAAGGACUGGCCUUGGAGAUGCUGGCAGACUUCUGCGGAACUUUCGGCAAGUAUGAAGUCUUGGGAAUCAGCUCUCCAAUCUCUGAAGGCAUGUACCAAGUAUGCAGGAAGUUUCUGACAGCACAUCCAGAAGAACGGGAUCGUCUCUAUGAAGUGGAGGCACCAGGAGACUGGGGCCAGAGGCAAAACAUCUGGUUACUGAUCCAGCUUGGAAGCAUCCCUUCUGAUGGAUCAAACAUGCCUAGUGUGUCCUUGAAUCCACAACCCAAUCAGAACAUUUUUGCAAAUGAAACUGGUGAAAGCUGUUCCGUGAAGAUAUCAUCUUCUGUAAAUCAUCUUUUGGAGACUGAAGAGAAAUUCCUCAAUAAACCUCCAGAUCUGACCAUAAGAAAAAGACAUGCUGACUCCGAGAAAGUCACAAAAAAGCAUUUGAAGAGACUUUAGGUUGUGAUCUUUUGGAGGUCAUGAUGAACGCUAGGCUAAUUUUUUUUUGCUGUUUCUGGGACUAAAUUAUUUUCUCCUUCGUUCCUGUGCUACAGUUCCCUUCCACUGUCUAGUGGUGUGCUUGAGGACAAUUAACUGUAACAGACAUGGGUGCUCUGUGGUGUGGUUCAGCAUGGAGGGUUUAUGACAAUCGAUGACUGUUUCAAACAUGUACAAAUAUUUUUGUGUCUUGGACUUGGGCUUUAAAGCCCUCUGAUCAGUGUUGUGCAGUGAGAAAAAAAAGACAGCUCUGUCACUGUAGGAAAGAAAACCCCCCGUCAUAGUUGUAAUUUGGUAAAAGUUUAAACUUGCAUUAGUGAUGAAAGAAGAAGAAACAAAGUCGACAGGGGAGUAUGAAGACCUGAUGUGAACGAACCUAGACCACCAGAUGAAUAGAUACAUUGGACAAACAGUAGCCAGAGAUUCAAACAUUUGAAUACCAUCCUCAAGUGAUACAAGGAAUUGCUGAUAUUCUAAGGGAGGAUGUGGUGAGAGAAGUACUCACGGCAGAUGACAAUGGCUAGACUAGAACAACAUUCUUGAGUGUAUAACUAACACUGGCUUGUACAGUAUAACAGUGUAAAUUUGCUGUGACCGGAGACCUUGUAAAACUAAUGAGUCACAUGACACCGGGGAGGGAAAAUGGCUAAUUGGGCACAAUUUGGACAUUUUUCAUUUAGGGGUGUACUCCCUUUUGUUGCCAGCGGUUUAGACAUUAAUGGCUGUGUGUUGAGUUAUUUUGAAGGGACAGCAAAUUUACACUGUUAUACAAGCUGUACACUGACUACUUUACAUUGUAUCA